CUUUACCCGCAGACAAGUGGAAACCAUGCUGGGAGGACAAAGUUUGAGCGUUACACAAGUUCUUGUUGUGUUUCUAAGCUUGUGCCAUGCCCAAUAUCAGUCAUGGCAGAAGCCUGCACAGGGACAAACCAUCCAUAGAAAUCCCCCUCAUGCUCAACAACAAACGGCUCAAAACGAACUUGUCCAAAUACAGCAGACACUUCAGCAGAGGGAAAACAAUCCGUGGAUCGAGAUGAAACCGACUGAAGACCUCUCCACUCAAUCUCAGCGUUGUCAGGUGGAGCCCAUGGACAGGGUGCAGUGCGGGGAGCCAGACGUCACUGGAGCUGAGUGCCUGGAGAUCAACUGCUGUUUCGAUGGACGGGAGUGCUUUUAUGGCUUAUCAGUGACGCUGCAGUGUACCCGAGAUGGCCAGUUUGUGGUGGUGGUGGCCAAGGAAGCCACCCUGCCCGCCCUCCGCCUGGACUCCAUGAGUCUGGCCGAGGACACGGACGAGUCCUGCCAACCUGUCAGCUCCACACACGCCUUCGUCAUCUACCAGUUCACCGUCAGCAGCUGUGGCACCACCAUGACGGAAGAUGAUGACUACAUUACAUAUGAGAAUAUCAUGUCCUCAUCCUACGAAGUUGGGAUUGGACCGCGUGGCUCCAUCACAAGGGACAGCUCAUAUGAACUGACAAUGCAGUGCCGCUACUCCAGUACAGCUGUGGAGGCUGUGGUGAUGGAGGUGAACACCCUCCCUCCUCCUCUACCUGUGAUCCAGGACGGACCAGUCAGGGUGGAGCUCAGGGUGGCUAGUGGUGUCUGCACCACUAAAGGAUGCACAGACGAUGAGAUGUUCUCUUCCUUCUACUCUGAGGAAGACUACCCGUUGACCAAAGUUCUGAGGGAACCCAUCCCAGUCGAGGUCCAGAUCCUGGAGCGGACCGACCCGAACAUCGUGCUGCUCCUGGACCACUGCUGGGCCACCUCGUCACCAGACGGGGACAGCCUGCCCCAGUGGGACCUCCUCAUUGAUGGGUGCCCGUAUGCAGAAGACCGCUACCUGACCACUGUGGUGCCAGUUGAUGCCUCCUCUAACCUGCAAUACCCGACGCAUCACAAGCGAUUCAUAGUCAAGAUGUUCGCUUUUGUGGAGUCCUAUGUUCCCGUGCAACAAAUGGUGCAUAUCCACUGCAGCACAUCCCUCUGCUCCCCCUCUAAUGAAGAUAGCUGUGAGCAGACAUGCGGCAGGAAACGUAAGCAUCUCACCACUCAAAUGAGUCGAUCACUCAACGUUGUAGAGGACUCUCAGGAACAACAACAACAAGUGGUGUCUAGCGGUGAGGUCAUCAUUGUGGAGGGGGGCUGGUCAGCCCUCAAUCAGAGCCAAACAGAGGAAGCGGUGCAUGAAGCAGUGCACAGCAAGCUACAACAGCAACCCAGUUGGACGCUAAGUAGUGUUGGACUGCUGGGUGUGAUCACGCUGUGUGUGUUGAGCAUCUCUGGCCUGGCCGCAGUCGCCAUCAGCAGGUGGAAACCACGGUUACACGCUGUACAGGUGUAAUACAACACUGCACGACAAAGGACUAUUCUAUUUAAUAAAGGACUAUACUGUACAGCUA